AUGUCUUUGUCUAAAAGAUGGGGAGACUGGUUCUAUGCCUGGGGCUUGAGAGCUGAAAAUCCCAUGAAGAUUGAAUCUGAGUCCACCCACAUCUGCCCCAGGCUUUCAGAGCUGGGGGUCAUGACACUGGACCACAACCGGAAGGCAGUGGAGAGGAGGGGUGUACCUCUAGCAGGGCUGCUCUCUGACCCAGCAGGAGCUUGGGAUGGCACUGAGCAAGGUUACAGGAACUACUCUGUCCCUGUGCGUGAGCUCGCUAGGUGCCUCCUUCUGUUGCUAGCGGACAGCCCCUCACUGGGGCUUUCACCUUCACAACUGAACCCACUCGAGGACCUGGAGCUUCUCUUAACAGAAGGCCUAGCCAGUCCCGAGCCCUUGGGUGUGGAUACCUUAGAGAGGUAUGAGUGCAGUGGCCCGGCGUCCAGCUGCGUGGUCCCUGAACACGACACCCCUAAGCAGCGGAAACAGCUGGAGCAGUGGGUAGCUGAGCUGCAGGCUGAGGUAGUUCGCCUGAGGGCACACAGGGAACGCUGUGAGCAUGCCACACUCGGCCUGCUUCGUGAGCUGCUGCAGGUUCGUGCUCGUGUGCAGCUCCAGGCCUCAGAGCUGCGCCAGCUGAGGCAGGAAGUGCAACAAGUGGCCUGGAGCCCCGAGAAGGAGGCCUUAGAGCUGUCUGGGCCCCAGAGCCAGAACCAGAUACAAGCCCUGGAUAAAAGGCUGGUGGAGGUCCGAGAGGCUUUGACACAGAUCCGGAGGACACAGGUGUUACAGGACACAGAGCGGAAAUGUUCUGAGCAGGAGAUGAACCUCAGGCUGACCAAGCUGACUGACUUGCUGAGGCAAGAGGAACAGGGCCGGGAAGCAGCCUAUAGCACCCUGCAGAGGAACCAAGAGGAUACCAAUGAAAAAGUGGACCGUGGGUUGUCCAAGAUGCAGGACCAGGUGACUAAAUUCAGUGAGGAUAUGAGCAUCCGCUUCCUAAAGAGGGAGGCCAAACUGUGCAAUUUUCUUCAGAAGUGUUUCCUGGCCAUGGAGCAGAGAAUGAAGUCUUCAGAGAGCUCACGUCUGAUGGCAGAAAGCAGCCUUCGAGAGGAACUGGAAAGCCGCUGGCAGAAGCUACAUGAACUGACAGAGGAGCGCUUGCGGGCCCUGCGGGCACAUCGUGAGGAGGAGGAGGGUCACCUACUGGAGCAGUGCCGGGGCCUGGACAAAGCUGUAGUCUACCUGACCAAGUUUGUGCGACAGAACCAGGUGUCACUGAAUCGUGUCCUGAUGGCUGAGCAGAAGGCCCGGGAAGCCAAGGUGAGCUUGGAGGAGAGCCAGGCCGGAGAGCUGGCCUCGUACAUCCAGGAGAAUCUGGAGGCUGUGCAAACGGCUGGCAAGCUAGCCCAGCAGGAAACUCAGGGUGCACUGGAACUGCUUCAAGAGAAGAGCCAGGUCCUAGAAGGGUCAGUGGCAGGUCUGGACCAGCAGCUGAAGGACCUGAGUGACCAUUGUCUAGCUCUCAGCUGGAAGCUAGACCUGCAGGAGCAAACACUAGGCGUGAAGCUGUCUCAGGUGCAGGCUGCAUGGGAAGGCGUAGAGAGGGAGUCCCUGCAGAAUCUGGUCCGGUGGCUAAAAGAGGUCUCAGCUCACUUGCAGGAGGUGCAGGAAAAAGUGAACAACCUGCCACAGCAGAUAGAAAAUGUCUCCAACAAGUGUGUUCUUCACAAGAGUGAUGUGGACCUGAGGAUCUCUGCUGAGGGCAAGGCCAGAGAGUCUGAGGUUGAGGCUGUGCGACAGGAGCUAGCCACCCUGCUGAUGUCUGUGCAGUUUCUGAAGGAGGAGAACCCUGGACGGAAGAUUGCAGAGAUCCAGGGCCAGCUGGCCACGUUUCAGAAGCAAAUAAUCAAGUUAGAGAACAGCCUCCAGGCCAACAAGACCAUCCAGAACCUGAAGUUUAAUAACGAGACCAAGCUGCGGGCAGAAGAGAUCGCAACCCUGCGUGAGAGCAUGCUGAGCCUGUGGAGCGAGGAGGGCCCCUGGCCGCUGACACUGGGCAGCAAGCGGGUGUUCAUGUCCCUGGUGAGGCAGCGGUUCUUCAUCAAGGACAUAGCCCUGAGCGAGAUGGUCCCUGUGAACUCCUGGGGCGUGUAUCAGGCUGUGAGGUGGCUUCAGUGGAAGACAAUCCUCUUGAACCUGGUGGCCCACCAAAGGCCAGGAGCAAUCUCUGCGAUGACCUACUGGAAGCCUGCACCCAAGAUCCUGUCCCAGAAAUAAAGAUGCCAGUUCUUGUACCUGUUGGAGCCAGAGUUUCCUGUUGUCUGAUGGAACAGCUUUUCCGCAGCUCGGAGGCUUGACAAGGGUGUCAAGUAGUGAGAGGAACCAAAGUCACAAGGCCCAGGUUAUUUGACCCUGAAGGACCCUUUCUGCCCUGCUUAGCCCCAGGCCCUUUUAUCACUUUUCCUGGGAUUUCUAUACAGGGACACCCAGGCCACACCUGGGACCCACCCCAGCUGCCUCUGAGGACAAAUGUAAGGAGUAAGGACACAGGGUCCUCAGAUCAUCCUCAUCCCUGCCCAGCUGCCAUUAACACCGAAGUGCCACCAAGGAAGCCAUUUGUGAGCAUGAAUCCGGAGAGUCAGCAUCUGUGCUCCUCUGUGUGAUCAAGCAGUGUGUCCCUUGUGUCCCUCUUCUGGCCUCUCAAGAAAACCUGCACUUUGCACACAGCUCCCAGCCCUUGCCACCAGCCAAGCACAGGGCAUGGCACAUGGAAUCAUCAGCUCUGGCCCUGCAGAGAGAGACAGCAGGGAGGGCUGGCCUUUGCUACUGACUUGAGUCUUGGUGCUGGCUUGGUAAAGAAUGGGUCUCCCCAGAUGGACGUGUGCAAACGACUCAUUGUUCUUGCCUGAGUUCUGUCCACUUCCUGUGGGCAGAGUUCUGAGACCUGAUGGGGUCAUCCGAGAACUGGUAGCCAGGUGUGGCUGGGUCUAGACAAGCGUUUGCUCUCCCUCCUCAGUGCUGGCAGUGGCAGUUCUAGGCUUGGGAUAAGCUCAGGUCCCCUGGGGAGAGCCAACUGCAUGGCUGCUUGAAGAGACCCACUAGGGAGGUGCCUGGGCAACAAGGAGAGGCUGGGUGCCUGAGAGAGGACCACUGCUGCCC